AUGGGCGCGAAUCUCUCCAAGGCUCUUGCCAAGAUGUUUGGCAACAAGGAGAUGCGGCUGCUCAUGCUCGGUCUUGAUGCAGCGGGCAAGACAACCAUCCUGUACAAACUCAAGUUGAAUCAGAGCGUGACGACGAUCCCGACUGUCGGAUUCAACGUGGAGACUGUAACUUACAAAAACGUCAAGUUUAAUGUAUGGGACGUUGGCGGACAGGACAAGAUCCGUCCUCUUUGGAGACAUUACUACACUGGUACUCAAGGCCUCGUGUUUGUCGUUGACUCACAAGAUCGAGAACGUAUUGACGAAGCCAAACAAGAAUUGCACCGCAUCCUCGCGGAUAGGGAGAUGAAAGAGUGCCUCUUGCUCGUGUUCGCUAACAAGCAAGAUCUCCCCGGCGCCAUGUCUCCAGCGGAAGUAACCGAGAAGCUCGGCUUGCAUAGGAUGCGCGACCGUUCGUGGUAUGUGCACCCCAGUUGCGCAACCACCGGCGAGGGCCUGUUCGAGGGUCUGCAAUGGCUCUCCCAGAACGUCAAGAAGCGGCAGGCUUAA